CUAAAUGCCCCACCCCAGUAAGGACCAGUCUGUGCCCAUAUUCACCAGCUCCUCAGCUGCUCUGUAUACCUGUCCCCUCAUUCCUCUGCCCACAGGGCCUGAAGGCCAGGGUGGAUUUGGUAGGUGGGGAGCCUCGUGUUUUCACCCAGGCUUAUUGGACUCCAGAGGAUAAAAGUGAACAAGGGGAGCAAAAGCCAAGUCUUCUAUCUGUUCCUCCCUUAACCACCAUCCCCUGGAGACCAGGAGCUGAGACCCCCUGAGGGAGAUACUCAGACCGUUUGGAAAAAUUAGGAAACUUUGGGGAUUCUAGUUCCAGCCAGGACUGGGGAAGAGCCCCUGGGACAAAAAGAUGCUCUUACUCCUCUUCUCUUCCUCCUCGUCUUGUCUCAUGCUAUGAAACUUUUUACCCUUGCAAUUCUAGCUAACUCAGGAAGGGAGGGGAAGAAGCCUUUGCCAACGUGGGGCUCUUCUCUGUUCUUUCUCAUUCUCGUCCCCAGUGUCCCCUGGUCAGAAAGCAUCUUUGGGAGUGCUGCUAAACUUGAGAUAGGCCGUUUCAUGAGGCAGCAAAGUUUCAUGGUGCUUUAAGCCCUGUCUAUUGACACUGACUUUGAUCUCCUAUGCUAAAAUCAUGUCUGAUUUUGCUUCUCUGUGUUUGAAAAAUAAGUCCACUAACUGUGAGUAAAAAGAAUAUAUGUAGGCAUUAACAGCACAUUUUAAUGGGUAUAUUUUCCUAGCUGCCUCCCUUCUCAGCCCAUUGGGUUAAACACCAAAGACUAGUGUGUUCUGAAUAGGAAAGAGAAGUUUUAUUUGGAUACCUCUGAGAAGUAACCAACCAGGACCAAAGAGCCUUAAAGGACACACAGCAAAGUGCAGCCAUUUGCCCGUCCCAUCUUGGCUGCUGUAGGUGACUUUUCAGGCUCGGGGUGGGGUGGGGGUGGAAGGAGACCAUUGUGGCUUACGAGGGAUCAAUGUCUGUCUGAGUUUCAUCUGGUAGAAUUUCCUGACUGUUCAAAGGAUAUCACUGUGAAUCAAAUAAAUUUCUUGAAAGAGUGUAAUGAACUGUAUGCAGACUGAAUUAGUAAAGCCUGGAUGGAAAGCAGGAUCUGGUCUCACUUUGACCUUGGCAUGCAAGAGGUUAUCACAACUAUAAGGGAACCUGUCUGAUGCCUGGAGGUGAUUGUUUAUUUCCCUUAUUACAGAGGAAAAAUAUGCUGGACGCUGCAGAAUGGGAGCUUUGUUGUUCUAGAGCAGCAAACCGUGGCUCAAGGGCCUAAAUCCACCUGCUACUUGUUUUUGUGUGCCUGGGAAUUAUAUUUUAAAAGGCAAAAAAAGAAAAAGCCAAGAAUAUAUGACAGAGAUCCCCAUGUAUGUGGCAUGCAAAGCAUAAAAUAUUUGCUCUCUGGCCCUGUACACAAAAUGUUUCCCCUACUCUGGAGCAAUGGUUCUUAAUAUAUUUCAGAGUCACCUGGAUGGGUUGUUAAAAUAGAAAGUGUGGGUCCAGAUAUAUCUCUUGAGGCAAGGAAAACAAAAGCAAAAAUAAACUAUUGUUACUACAUCAAAAUAAAAAGCUACACAGCCGAAGAAACAGUCAACAAAACUAAAAGACAAGCUACUGAAUGGGAGAAGAUAUUUGCAAAUGACAUAGCUGAUACAGGGUUCUUAUCCAAAAUACAUAAAGAACUUAUACAACUCAACACACACAAAAACAAAUAAUCCAGUAAAAAAAAAAAAAAAAAAUGGGCAGGAAAAGGCACCUGGCUGGCUCAGCUGGAAAAGCAUGGACUCUUGAUCUUGGGAUUGUGGGUUCAAACCCCACGUUGGGUAGAGAGUAUUUAAAUAAAAUUAGUUUUGUAAAAAAAAAUAGGCAGAAGACAUGAACAGACAUUUCUCUGAAGAAGACAUACAGGGGUGUGUGGGUGGCUCUGUCGUUUAAAGUGUCCUGACUCUUGAUUUCGUCUCAGGUCAUGAUCUCAUGGUUCUUGGGUUUGAGCCCUGUGUUGGGCUCUGUGUUGGCAAUGUGGAGCCUGCUUGGGAUUCUCUCUGUUUAUCCCCUGUGGCUCUCUCUCUCUCUCAAAAUAAGUAAACAUUAAAAAAAUUUUAGGGGUGCCUGGGUGGCUCAGUCGCUUAAGCAUCUGACUUGUUUUCAGCUUAGGUCAUGAGUUCCCGGUUUUGUGGGUUCAAGCCCUAUGUUGGGAGCCUGCUUGGGAUUGAUUGUCUUCUCUUUCUGCCCCUCCCCUGCUCACACUCUCUGUCUCUCUCAAAAUAAGUAAAAUUAAAACAAAACAGAACUCAUAAAUUCAUCCUUUUAAAGUGUACAAUUCUAUGGGUUUUAGUACAUCCAGAGUUGUAAUCAUUAUCACUAAUUUCAGAAUAUUUUUAUUACUCCCCAAAGAAACUCUGUACCAUUUGGCAGUCUCUGGAUUCCCUUCAUCCCGCACCCCCUUGAAACUCCUUAUCUACUUUCUGCCUUUAUGGAUUGGCCUAUUCUGGACUUCAUAUAAAGGAAAUCAUACAGUUCAUGGCUUUCUGUGUCUGACUUCUUUCAUUUAGCAUGAUAUUUUCAAAGUUCAUCGAUUCCAUAACAUUGCAAUUUGACUUUAGCUAAUUUCUGAGCAGAAAAGUCUGCGUCUCUGAGCCAGCUUCCUUAGGAUAGGAGAUCUGGCCUCCACUUUGCCCAUUUCCAAAGGCAAAUAGGAAAAACAUUACCAGAGCAAGCCAGAGCUUGGAAGCAGUCCUACACUGAUGUUCUUUCAAGAAUUGACAACCUUCUCCUUUCCUUCCCAGCUCUUUAAACUUCCUAGCAUUCCUCCUCCUUUUAUAGACAAUCUCUCUUUUGGAAAAGUCUGAAGUUUGUAGUGGCUACAGUUUAGAGGACUUUAGAGAGUGCUCCCUCAAACUGCACCUCAGCUCCAUUUUGCAAGACCUCUCUGCUUCUCUUUGAGUUGGCACCUGUGGGAUGUCAGAAGCGAGGUGAUUAGGGUGACUCAAACACCUUCGUGUGAGAAGUGUUAAUCCAGACAGGUAGGGUUUAGUGUUUGUCCCAUGCAGCGGCUCAAUUUGAGCUUUCAGGUAAAGAAAGGGAAGUUAGGACAAAAACCUCCUGUGUUUGCUAAAUUGAAAUUAGCAUCCUGAUGAUGAUACCUGGCUUUUACAUAGGAAGGCUUCUAAAACCUUGAAGCCAGGACUGAGACCCUGUGCUGUGAAAAUAAUUUGGCCUGUGCCUAGUACUGAAUCUUUAUUUCUCCCCUAGGGAGCUUGAUUGUAGUAUGGAUGAAUUUCUAAGACAUUUGAGAUUGGCAAAAACACUUGUUACCUUUUGUAACACUUGGGAAAGUAGGAUCAAGAUAGAGGCAGAACCAAUCUCUUCACUCUUAUCUGUUUCCCACUUUGCCACCAUUUAAGCCAAGAACAAACUCCCUGUGGGCUCAGCCAUGGGCUAGACUAGGCCAGGCUACAAAAUGCUUUGGCAGGAUUUUGAGAGGAAAUUGGCUGCUACAGGAAUCUGGCCUCUUUGGCAUGGUUCUUCACUUGUUCAUUUAUUUUACGAACAUUGUUGGACUCAUGGUUGGGCUUUGUACAAGAUGUUGCAGGGAUAUCUUAAAAAAAAAAAAAAAAAAGAAUAACACCCGGUGUGCCAUACAAAAAGCUGUGAAUUUAGUGGUAGGGGCCAGCCAGGCAGAUACUACAAUCAGAUACAGUGUGUUUUAGUGUUAUGGGAAUCCAGAAGAAGAAACAAGGGAGGGGGUGGGAACUAGAAGUUCCCCAGCACACUGGGGCAUCUCUUAAGAGUUUGGUGUAAGUGGAAUGUGUGGGGAAAUGUAGUGGCAGAUGAGAUAAAAAGGAGUAGGCAGGCAUCAGGAUACAAGAGAGAACCCUAUUGAGUAGUUUGGACUAUAUAUUCCGUAGGUAGUUGAAGUAUUUCAACAGGGAAAGCCGUAAGACAGUAUGUCAAGAGCGCACUUGCUGUGGCGUGCGGCAGGCAUUCGAGAGGGAAGAAUUGGCAACUAGGGCCAGCAGGGAGAGCGUUUGUGUUUAGCCGGAAGAUGAGAACACGGACGGAAACAAUGGGAGUGGAUUUCAGAGCGAUUUCUGAGGUAGAGUCAAUAGAAUGUUGUCCCUGGAACUUGGGGUGACACAGCACCGUGCCUCAGGUAAAGGUAUUAUUUCACAGAGAAUUCACACGGACCUAACCUACCACUGGGCGAUUUGAGCCAAGGUACCAGGGCUGUGCUUCAAAACAAAAGACGUCAAAAGAUUUUUAGGCUGCAAUUGUUUUCUUCGUUAGGAGUACCACAACUUAUUUUCCAAUACUCUUCAGAAUUACCAUACCCCUCUUCGCUGUCUUUGCAGAAGUGUAGAAAUCUAGUACUUCCGCCACGCUUAAGAUGGCUGCAUCCGAAUUAGACUUGCCGAUGUUCGUACCAGAGGGCCCCGCCCCCGGAUCGGAGCUCCUUCCGCCACUCUCUGUGGCGUGGGGCGCGUUUACACCGCCAUGCAGCACUCAAGAUGGCCCGGCUUCCUCCUACUUUUCAUUGGCUGGAUCUCUCAGGUCUUCCGUCUCCAUUGGGAGGGUGAAGGGGCGGAACUUCUACUUGAUCGACAGCUAUUUUGGUCAAUGGACGAAGGGCAAGAGCCCGUGAACCGCUGGAACUGGAGAGCCUGCCCAGUGUGUGGGAGGGUGUUUGGGCUGGGGCGGGGUGGAGCAGAGCCGGAAGCGGGAGGGGAGAGUGAAACAGGAAAAGAAGGGAAGAAGGAAGAAGAGGGAAGAGGAGGAGAGGGAGGAGGAGGAGGGAGGUGGCGGCGCCGUGGCGGAGGAGCAGGAGCAGGAGGGGGAUGGAGAGGAGAAGGCUCCUGGGUGGCAUGGCGCUCCUGCUCCUCCAGGCGCUGCCCAGCCCCCUGUCAGCCAGGGCUGAACCCCCGCAGGAUAAGGAAACCUGUGUGGGUACCAACAAUCAAAGCUACAUCUGUGACACAGGACACUGCUGUGGACAGUCUCAGUGCUGCAACUACUACUAUGAACUCUGGUGGUUCUGGCUGGUGUGGACCAUCAUCAUCAUCCUGAGCUGCUGCUGUGUGUGCCACCACCGCCGAGCCAAGCAUCGCCUUCAGGCCCAGCAGCGGCAGCAUGAAAUCAACCUGAUUGCCUACCGAGAGGCCCACAAUUACUCAGCGCUGCCAUUUUAUUUCAGGUUUUUGCCAAACUAUUUACUACCUCCUUAUGAGGAAGUGGUGAACCGACCUCCGACUCCUCCCCCACCGUACAGUGCCUUCCAGCUACAGCAGCAGCAGCAGCUGCCUGCGCAGUGUGGCCCCACAGGCGGCAGCCCCCCGGGCGCCGAUCCCACCAGGGGCCCCCAGGGGGCGCAGAGCAGCCCCUUGUCGGGGCCCAGCAGAAGCAGCACGAGACCCCCGAGCAUUGCUGACCCUGAGCCCUCCGACGUGCCAGCCAGCACAGCAGCCACCAAAGCCCCUGGGAUGGAGCCCAGUGGCUCUGUGGCCGGCCUGGGAGAGCUGGACCCUGGGGCCUUCCUGGACAAAGAUUCCGACUGUAAGGAGGAGCUGCUGAGAGAUCACAGCUCCGAGCAAGGCAACGCCCUCCCCGAUAGCAAAGACAAGACUCCUGGCCGACAUCGCCGCUUCACGGGUGACUCGGGCAUCGAGGUGUGUGUGUGCAACCGGGGCCACCAUGACGACGACCUCAAAGAGUUCAACACGCUCAUUGAUGACGCUCUGGAUGGGCCCCUGGACUUCUGUGACAGCUGCCACGUGCGGCCCCCCGGCGACGAGGAGGAAGGGCUCUGCCAGCCCUCCGAGGAGCAGGCCCGAGAGCCCGGGCACCCGCACCUGCCACGGCCGCCCGCGUGCCUGCUGCUGAACACCAUCAAUGAGCAGGACUCCCCAAACUCGCAGAGCAGCAGCUCCCCCAGCUAGAGUAGGCCCUGUCUGUGGCCUGAGAACUUGGCACAGCAACCAGGGUAGGGGGGAGCACCAUGACAGAAGCAUUAAGUGACUUUCAGAAAAAGUGGUACAGCCACUUCCGUUCUUUGCCCCCCGCCCCUUGCUCCUGCAUUUUCCUACGUCUCCAGCUACAGCUGGGGGUGUGGAUGCCUCUCUGCCCACAGGAGCACAGCGUUGUGGAGGGCUGAGAGGUUGGUUCGUUCUGUGACUCAUUCCUCAUAUCCCACCCUGUCCCCCCUUUUCUCUUUUCAAGUCAUAUCUCAGUACCUGCUUGGGUCAGAGAGAUGUGUGUUUCAGAAGCCCCAAGGAGGGGGCUGAGACUGUGCCCUGAGGUGACUUUGGUGGUGGAGUGGAUUUAUGCUCUGGUGUUCAUUUAAGAGAACUUUGCUGUGUCUCAGCCUGGGAGAGGUGGCAGGUCUCAGUCCUGGGUGAAUAAGGAAGGCCGCAGAGGCCCAGGGAUUGUCACCCCUUGCUGCCAAUGUCUGCAGAGCCAGAACUGGGCUCGUCCUGGGGGAAGAGGAGAGCUGAUAGGCAGUUGUGUGGUAGGUUGGUGGGGGGCUUGCUGCUCUCAGAUUCCAGGUGAUCAGGUCAAUGUACCACUGGGCAUCCUUGAGGGGCCCUUCCCAGCAGGUUUUGGCUGGCCACAGGACUGGUUCAGUGUGGAACAUCACAUCACCUUCUUUUUGGUUUCUCUUUAAACAACAACAGAGCUGAAAACAAGAACUUUAUCAGUGGGGGCAGGCCAGAAAAGGGAAGUCUGUGGCUCUAUCCCAAGUUGACCUUUCAAGAGCCUGGCUGCCUUUGAGCCAGGAGGAGAUGCUUCCUGGGCAGGCUUGGGGCUAUCUUGAACUUCUGUGGAACCGUAGGAGGCCCUAAGCCGUGGCAGUGGAUCUGGGUGCAACUCUCCACAUCUCUGUCCUUUGCUCUGUGCCUACGGGUGACCAGGGUCCUCCCCCACCCAAACACAUAGUCUGCAGGCCUUCAUGUCUCGCUGUUCUCUAUGAACAAAUGAGGAGGCUGUGGGUCCUCAGAAAGAGUGGUCCCAUAGCCUGGCUUUUACACAGUAUUUUCUCUUGAUUCUGAGUACGUUCUUCUGGGGGUUUUUUUGUUUUUAUUUUUUUUAAACUGACCACUUGGAAAAAAAAAAUGCCUUGGUUAUCUGUGGUUUUCAUGCCCUUUCCCAGUCCUUCCCCAGCCCCCUUUUUGAGUGGGGUAACUAUUUUUGUAGCCUAUGUAAAGAGCCUAAGUGGCCCCGGUAGGAGGGUGAAGGCAGUGGUCCAGAAGGCCUGCAGGAUCCUUAUUACUGUAGUUGAGCUUUGAUAGGAAUAACCUGAAUGGAGAAAGCAAACAGCUAAAACUAACAUUCCCUGUCCAGUGCUGUUCAUAUGAAGAGUUUGGUUCUUUCCCCCUCUCUUGAACGAUGAUAUUCACAUUAGGCAUUGACGUUGCAGUAAGAAAGGAAAUAUAUAUAUAUAUAUAUAUAUAUAUAUAUAUAUUUGUACAAAAAUAGACAAAUCCAAGGCUGUGAGGUGAACGAGUGUCUGCAUUUGGAGUCCACAAAACCAAAAUCCAUGUUGAACAAAGUGAAGUCUGUGUACAAUGACUUUUUGGAUAACCUUUGUGUGUCUGUCCAUUGUGUGUGAGCCCCCAGCCCUGUUUUCCUGUGAAUAUACUUUGAAUGGCAGCCAUUGUGCUCACGUUGACCACACGUUCGGAGCAGAAAUGGCGCUCUCAAGGUAAUUUAUUUUACACAUUUACUGUUUACUGAACAAACGUCUGACUGUGUACUCGGGUGUAUCCAGCAGCAUUGUCAAUGGCAGGCCUCCCCCCACCCCCCAGCCCCGCGUCUGCCAGAGACAACUGUGCUCGAAGUAGAGGCUUUCCUCUACCCAUCACUGCAAUUUGCACAUCGCUCCGUGGACACUCGGAGGCCUGUGUUCUGUUCCCUGUAAAUGGAAACGUGCUCUGAACCUGUCUGCCCCCCUUGGCGCCUCCUGGCCCUAGGUGUCAGCCCCCAGGGGGUGUUCAAAACCACUCGGCACAGAAGGCGAAGGCGGAACUUCAGACAGAAGCUUGAUUGGAUCUUCAGUGACAAGCUUGGACUAGCUGUGGCCCAGACGUCAGCCCUGUGCCCGGAAUUGCCAGGAGAGUUUGGGAGACACCGCAGAGCCAAAGGGCUUACCUCUCUCUGCCGAGGUCCAGUGUCGUGCAAGCAAGCCCGUGUGUGGCAGGAGUGGGUGGGAGUGUGUCAGCAGCCCUCAGAUGCCUUUCCUUCCACCGUUGUUGUUGUUGUUGUUGUUUUUUAAAUAAAAUCCCAAACAACUCACUGAAGGAUUCACCAGAAUGAAUCCUUCUUCAGUUAACUGAUCAAAUGGAUGAAGCCUGGCCCUCUCAAGUUUCCUUCCCCAGUUGGGAGUGGGGAACUGGCCUGCAUGUUAACUGUUGGGGUCACUGCAGCGUCCUGCCCUAAAGGCAUGAGAAGAAGAAAAUGGAGCUGCCGGAGCCAGCCGGGCUUGAUUCCAGGGGUCACAGUCCGGCCCCUGCCAAGGGGGGGGCUCCCCUGCCAGGAGAGAGGUGGAAAUAGGGAGCUGAAGGACUAGUCAGGGGGCCAGGGAGAUUUGACUGAAUCUGGUUUUCCAGGUGAACAAGAAGGAAGGGGUUGGUCUGGUCGAGGGUUUGGUGCUACAGUCAGAAGAUUUGCAAAUGCUAACACAUUCCUGUGUGAGGCACAUCACCAUUUGUCAGUUCUUGUGAAUAUGUGUAUUUUAAGCAAUAAGAUUCAGCUGGUCAGACUUUUCUGGGCAGUCUCGGUGACGCAUUUCCUGUGCUGUGAUUGUUCUGAAGACAGAGUGGCUCUAACCACUGUGAGAAGCCCAAAUAAAAUCGAUCCCAAAAACG